AUGGCCGUAUUAUUCCCGCUACACCUAGAGUUAACACACCCGUCGCACCAAUCGCCUACGCCUCAGGACACCAACAGGCUCAAACACGAGCUUGCGCAAUACUCUGGCGAAGUAGCCAGCCUCAAGGGCGACAACCUCAAACUGUACGAGAAGAUCAAGUUCUUGCAAAGCUACCAGGGACAGAAACAG